AUGUCCACUGUGGCGCCCGUAAUUGAUGAUUACGGAUCCCGGGGUGGAGGGACAGAAGGCGAGAAGGUCAAUGGCCUCAAUGGCAGCGUAUUGGCGGCCAAAGUCACGCAGCCGUUCAAGUCACGAGAUUGGUUCCCUUCCCAUUUGCUCUUCAUUCAUACAGCAUUGAGCGGUCAAGAGCAGCUUGGCUUCACCUACCACAGCGAUCCCAGAAGCAUGAAUCCAUAUCGAGUCCGGAUGAAGUAUGUAGACUCGGACUUGGAUGGAAUACACUUGAAAGCAAGCUCGAGCCAAGUACCUUCGGUGCUCAGGUACCGUAUCAAGCCGUGUGAAAUGUCCCAGCAAGGGACGACGACUAAUCUUUCGCACGGCAACCACGGUCACUGCAACCCCUCCGUGCUUCCUUCCUUCCACGCUUUUGCGAAUGCCAACACCAACAAGCCUGGAUUGCACAGCGCAACGCAUCUGACUCCCUUCACACUCUCCUACUUUCUCACCGUCUUCCCCUCCUUCGUCUUCUCUCCCUCUCGUCAUCUUCCCCUUCCCUAUACCAUCUCGGGCGUCGAGCGCCCCAAGGAUAGUCCGCUCGACAACACUUUCAUGUGCCCGGCGAAGGCCAUUCGGAUCCGGAUAUUGAAGGUUGACCACGCCUCCGAGCUGCCCAAGUCAGCAGGAGGCGCCGAUUCUCCAUACUACCAUCGGAACUGUACCAACCCAUGA